AUGAGAUUUAAUAGAAAUGCUACUGCUCUCCGCCCUGGGAUUUUCGCCAUACGAUUUGUGCUCAAAGCAAUGACAAAUCCUCACGAAGAAGCUAAAACCCAGCAAAAUACUGACGAAGACCCUGCUGAAGAGCAUGCAAUCCAGCAAGCUCCUGUCAAAGGACACGAAGACGGUGAUAUUCAAAGCGCAGAAACAGGCAGCAUCUCUCCUCAUUCAUUAGAAAAGGACACAGAACAAAACAUGAGGAACAAACCACCUGCGGAAGAAAUGAUAACUUACACCAGGCUCAACAAGAUUAAACAUCUAGCAACAAGCAAAAAAAAGAGAAAAUCAGAUAUAAGCACUGUUUUUACUCCUGGAGCAAAAAAGCAAAAGCAUGCUGAAAACAUCAUCGACACUAGUACCUUGCAGCAUCAGCCAUUACCUCUAACGGUACUCCCGCCAACAGCACCAACCGCCACGAAGAAACAAGGCGAACGCAAGAAGAAAAACAAACGACAAAGGGUAGAAAAAGAACAAGACGAUACCAACAGCAAAGGUUCAGAUACCAAUGAUGACGACGAUGACAGGGAACAUGAUGCAGAUUUCAUUCCUACAGAUGGCGAUGAUGCCGAAGAGCAUGACAGCGAUGCAGAACAUGACGACGAUAACAAAUCAGGACAGAAGGACAAAAAGAGGAGAAAGACAAGCGGAAAAGAAUUGGCAGCACCAACAGUUGACGAAGAACAGCAAGAAACAAACGAAGAGAAAUGCCAAAUCAAGGCAGGGGCAGCAUUCGCUCAUGUCAAGAAAGCAUGGAAUUUACUUAAAGACCGUCACAAGCAAGAUAUUAGGACGGCGGGAUUUGGCAGCAUAGAGAACUGCAAAAUAACAGGCUCCAUCUGCAGACCACUUGCAGCACACAUCUACGAUAACCUGGACACAGAAAGCAUGACAAUAACCUUCGGAGAUGGUAUCGAAGACAAGAAACUCAAGAUUACCAAGGAAGCUAUACACAAGGUGUUUGGAUACCCAAACGGCACGGAAAAGUCAGCACCAAGGCCAGCGAAGAGCCCAACUUCAAUGAAAGAACUGAUGUCAGACCUUGACUUCAAACAUACAGUUUUCAAGCCAAAAGAACUGUUCACGAAGCUAGAAAAAUUGGACAUAGUUUGCACAAGGUACCUGACAGACAACGCGACCCUGCAGACACUAGAGCAAGCAGAUCCAGCAGCCUCAAGUAGACUAGCCGAUGCCAACCGCACGAAUGAAAUCGUAGCCACAACAGAACCAAGAGAAAGGAGAAAAAAAGAAGAAGACGACGAAGAGAGGAAGAGAAGAACAAAAUCAAGGGACAUAGGCAUUGACAAGAACAAGAUAAAGCGGCAAAAACAGGAACGUACCAAUAGCACGCCAGGCCAAGAUGAACUCCAACAGCAGGAUGGUGUCAACAACCCCAAAAACACGAAUGAACGCAACAAACAAAGCAACCUCACAACAGACAAUGCUACAACAACAACUACCCCAACACAAGCACAAGAUACGAUCGACGUCAGAACCUAUGAAGAGGCUCAGCUGAAGAACAAUCAAGUCAGCAGCCCCGCCAACCAAAUGCAAGAGCCUAACCCACAAUCAACCGUUAGCAUAACAAACGACAAAGAAGAAGAAAACAACGAAGAGGAGGUAUCACAAGCACUGCAAGACCAAGAGACAACCCGUGUUGAAAUUGAACCCCAUAGUGAACCUCAAACAGAGGAAGGCGUCACAGAACAGGAACUUUGUGUACAAGAGAUUUCCAGCGCCACAACAUUGCAGAUCACCAUCACGAGUACAAAGGAUAAAGCGCAAGACAUCCCAGCAGAUGAGAAACAAGAGACUGUUAUACCUGACAAAGAAACAGUAGAUGCAGGCACAAAUAACCUAGUCAUCAACAUGGAGGAAAAAAACGAGUACGCUGAUCUCGAAGAUCAAGAACUUCAAACAACAACAUCUGAAGAGGAAGAGGAAGCAAGCAAAAGCACUGGCAUAGACAUUCAACAAGAAAAACUAGAGGACAACAAGAGACAAGGAGAAGCCAUAGUACAAGCACUAGACAGUCCUGCAACUCCAGAGAUAGAGGCACAAGAAGCUCAAGAAACCAUCAACAAUCAAGACCAUCAAACACAACCAGAGGAGCCCAAUGAAGAACCCAAACAUGUUCUUCAAACGAUAGACAAUAAUGCCACUGAAGACCAAGCCACAAAAAAUUCACUCACCAAACAACAGAGAAAGGAGACCAAUGAGCAAAAGGAGGACACUGAAGAAGGGCAACAUGUUCUUCAAAAGGCAGCCAUCAACAAACACGAAGAAGGCGACCACGGAGAUACAAGCAAUGAAGCAGACACACACAUUGUUCCAGAGAAAGAAGCAGAAACCAUCGAAGAAAACCCUACACCGUCGUACGAUGCCAAUUCCCCUGGCAGAGAGGUCAGUGCCAACCAGGUCGAGACUGAAAAACAAGACGGAAAAGACCACCAGCAAGACACGGCGGUUGACAAGGAAAAACAUGAUGUUAAGAAAGACACAGACGACUCAAAUGAGGAUGCAGAAAAAACUGAACAAAAGGGUACAAUGCAAAAAGAAGAACAUAACAUGCCGCAAGAAGCAGAAGGAGAACAAGAAAGGAACAACACUGGACAGGACAUAUCUUCUAGCAUCGAAGCAGGCACAAUGGAGAAAGGGGACAAAGAUAGUGAUUCCAUCAACAAAGCCAUCGAAGACCUGUACAACGAUGUAUGCAAGCCAUGGACACAGAGAGAAAUGGAUGAGCUUUUCAUUACAACGAACAAGUUUGAUGUCAAUCUAGGCCAUGUCGCCAAAAGCUUCAAGUUCCUUCUACCAUGCACAAUAGAAUUCUUCAACAAUGUAACCAGCAAAUUAAUGAAAAUAUGGAAGCACGUAAGCACAGAGCUACAGCUUUUACAAAAAAGCAUCGACCAUUUCAAAACGGUCAAACUGCAGGUGCCACUUCAAGGAGAAGACACAAUGGACUGCGCAUUCUAUAUGUACAUGAACCUGAACCACUACUCCAAUGAUGGAACAGCAGCAAACUUAGAGCCAGAACAAGUACCAGAGUUGAGGAAAAAAAUUCUAUAUCAACUAAUCAGUCAACACAGAGGGAAUACCAAACUGUCAUUAAUCAAGUGUACAACAGAUAUGCUGAAGUAUGAAGUCGAUAUGAGAGACAAGGAAAUGCAACAGACAAAAUGUUGUGUACUAGAAGAGUUUCCGCCAAAUCCCGAGCCAAAAGAACAUAUUAUGCAUGCGACAACCACAAAAGAGCAUGAAGUUAUUGAUAUAUCCAGUAAACACAAAGAGGUUAUAGAUGUCAGCAGACACGCCAUCGCCGAAGAAUCUUGCACAGACCACGAAGAAAAGGAUCCACCAAUAGAACCAGAUCAACCACCACCAGAUGACAAGAUACCACACCAUGCUGAAGAGCAAACAGACGAGCAAAAUAUCAACAGCAAUACCCCGAGCACAGACCAACUUGAACAAACAGGCACUGAUUUAAAAGAGGAUGGCACAAGCAACGAUGUACCAAAUACACAAGAACGGGUUUCCGAGCAGAAGAAACAACCUGUUCUUCUUCAAGAAGAAACAGGCUCGACAAGCAAUCAGCAAGGCACCUCCAGCACCAUCUCUCUAGAGUUCCUAAAACCCAAAACAAUGGAAAAGCACGACGAAGUUGAUGAAUUUCUUUCAAGCCUUAACCCGCUCCAACUAGAGGAAUACAACGAGCAUGUACAGAUGGGCGUUGAAUUCGAUGUAAUCAAAACAUGGUUGAAUGACCAUGAAAGCUAUGAAUUCAACAAAAAUCCCACGCCGUAUCUGACAAUCUUGCAGCAAGAAUCAGGAGAACAUUCAAUGCCUCAAUCAUCUGAGAACAGCUCAGACAAGAAAAUCUCGGUCAAGAAGAGACCAGUAAAGCCUUCAAGAAGGCUACAUGGAAAAAUUCCUACUUUUGUCCCGGGAGAUUUCAAAUUUAUGAACAAAGCCAGAGCACUUCAUGAAUACCUAUUCAGCAAAGAAGGACAGGACGAAUGCGGAGAUCUAAACGUACCUAGGUUUAAAGAAGUCUUCAACACCAUACUAGGACAAACAAUGAAUGCCAAGGGUAAAAGAUGGCAGAUUCAUACCGUGCAAGAUGUUCCAGUGGUAGAAAAGGGAGAAUCAACAUUUGCUAUUUUAAAGCUUGCAUUCCUCUACAAUGGUGAAAAGUUUGUCGAAGACCUGGAAGAUUUGACCGAUGAGGUCGAAGACUGGAGGGCAGAGGCAAUGUACAUUCUCUUAAGUAGCGAGAUGAAUCAAGUCAAAGCUAGUGAAAUGGGUGAGGAUAUUAGUAAGAUAUUGAGCAAAAAUGAAGACUAA